CCUGACUUGACAUACAGUUGGAGAUCCAUAACAGUUCGCGAUCCUCGAACACAAUUCGUCCCAGAUUGCUCUGAUAUUGCGGGUGCAAGGUGCUGGUCGUUGUGGGCCGGCCAUCUCCAUUAUUUUUCUUUUGUUUUUAUCUGAUCUAUCUUGUGUUCCUGUUCUGUUACACCCUUUUUGGAGAUUUCCUUCCUUCUUAUGCCCCGCCGGUCCUAAGCGCCAGCGCUACGCCCAGAUCUGGACGAUCGAUCUCCAACAGUACGAUUGACUACCACUCCCUCCUACUGCAAAGCCAGCGUUAUCGACUCUGUGACUGUACCCUUUCCAGCGAUUGACGCAAUUACCACUGUAUUUUCUACCGACGAGAAGGUAACCCGAGCUACAUUGUCAGGAUGUCGCUCUCCCCAGAAGCCCGCGACCAAUAUGUACCAAUCAUUGACUCAAUCCUGGCUAAGAGUGACCUCAAUACUAUUUCCGAGAAGCGAAUCCGUAAAGGGCUUCAGGAAGAGGUCGGCUAUGAUCUUACUCCGCAGAAGGCUGUGAUUAAGCAGCUUAUCAUGGAACGGUUCGACAUCUUUGCCGAGAAUGGUGGUAUAGAUGCUUCUCCCGAGGCGGCGGUCGCUACUGCUCCUGCGACCAAUGGCCACAGCUCUGCGACACCGGUCGAGGCUUCCUCCCCUGCGCAAUCCUCCAAGUCACAGAAACGUCAGGCGGAUAGUGUGGAACGUGAAUCAGACAAGACUCCUCCGGUGAAGAAGAAAAAACCCGAUCACGAUGUUGAUGCGGAUGCCCUUUUCGCGGCAAAGUUGCAGGCGGAGGAGAACAUGCGUGCCCGUCCCACUCGCGGUGCUAGCGCGCGUAAAGUUCAGCCAGCAAAGAAGAAGACAACCAAGGCUAAAACGUCAAAGAAGGUCAAAGUGGAGGACGACUCAGACGUCGACUCCGGUUCGGACUCCAAGAAAGUCAACCGUUCUGGUGGAUUUCAUAAACCGCUUACUCUUUCACCGGCAUUGUCAGCUCUGCUGGGUGGAGAAGAAUCGCUUUCGCGACCCCAGACGGUAAAGAAAGUCUGGGCGUAUAUCCGCGAGCAUGAACUUCAAGAUCCCAGCGACCGACGUCAAAUCCGCUGCGAUGAACCGAUGCGCGCGGUUUUCAAGCAGGACCGCAUACAUAUGUUUACGAUGACAAAGAUCCUCAGCCAAAAUUUGUACAGCCCCGAUGAAUAGUCUCCGUAUCUGGAGGGAGACCUACACCAUACAUAACCUUCAGGGAGGGCAAAAUAUGCGUCGCGCCCAUCGCUAUACUUCACGAAUAUUUGCUUUUGUUUGUUUUGCUUUUGCUUUUGCUUUGCAGCACCGCAUAUGAUAACCAGGAGCCGUCAUUUUGAUUAUCGAAAUCUUAUGUUGUACUCAGUUUACCCUCAUUGGCGACAUAAUUGCCUUACUUUCUUUUGUUAUUUUACCUGCUUUUUCUCCAGCGGGAGUUGGUACUGUCUUGCAGAUUGGCGCGAUGGAUGCUGUCGGCUAAAGAGCCGUCGCUGUUUCAGAAGAGUCCUGCAGGGAUGUCUUCUGCCAUUACAUAUUACUAUUAUUAUUAUGACAUAGCAUGAGCAAUA